AUGCUUGCACUCACAUCUCGCAAUUUUGCUGUCACAGCUGCUACACUUUUCAAGCCACUCGAUGACCGUGUUCUCGUUAAGCGUGUUGACAGACCAAACAAGACAGCUUCUGGAAUUAUCAUCCCAGAUGCUCUCAAGGGAAAGCACAACGAAGCUACAGUUAUUGCUGUUGGUCCAGGCCACCGUGAGAAAGAUGGCACAAUCACACCAAUGACACUUCAGGUUGGCGAUCGCGUUGUUCUUGCUGAUUGGUCAGGUAGCGAAGUCAAGCUCGAUGGCAAGGAGUUCAUUGUUUACCGCGAAGAUGAUAUUCUCGCAGUCCUUGAGUAA